AUGGGCGCGUGCUCAUCUUCUGCUUCCGUGGAAAUGGAAACGACAACAGCAAGUGUGAAUAAGGGUGGUGGCGGCGGCGGCGGCGGUGCACCUGCGUCGGAAUCUUUCCGACGACCGUCGUCGAUCAUGGUGAUGGACAUGGUCGGUCGCAUCAAUGAGUACAAGCAACCAAUCCCCGCGAGAAACGUGCUUUCGGAGAAUCCUCAUUACUACCUCUGCAACUCGGAGUCAGUGCACAUCGGCACGUGCAUGCCACGUGUCCCCGAUGAAGAAGAGCUUCUAGCCGGUCGAAUCUACUUCCUUGUCCCUCUCUCGCAUUCCGAUACCCCACUUUCACUCCCUCUCCUCUGUGAUCUCGCCGUUAAAGCUGGUUCCGCUCUUCCCAACCCUAAUAAUAACCGUUACUAUGGUCAGGGUAAAAAAGCCGCCGAUAAGCGCCGUUAA